UGACAGGUGGUUAAAAUAAAAAAAUAAAAGUUGUUGAAAGGAGAAAAAUCAUUAAAAAGUUAGAUUAUGAAUUUUUGAAUAAAUAGAAUUGAUCAAUUUGUUAAAUAACUUAAGUUCGUAAGCAAACACAAGGCACAAUGGAUGACCAAGCUUGUCCUCGUUGUAAAACUACGAAAUAUAGAAAUCCAUCUUUAAAAUUGAUGGUAAACAUCUGUGGCCAUGCUUUGUGUGAAAGUUGUGUGGAUUUGUUAUUUUUAAAAGGAUCUGGUUCCUGUCCUGAUUGUAAUGUACCUUUGCGUCGAAGUAAUUUCCGAGUACAGCUCUUUGAAGACUCUAUGGUAGAAAAAGAAAUAGAUAUAAGGAAGAGGGUUCUUAAAGAUUUCAACAAAAAAGAGGAAGACUUUGCAACAUUACGCGAGUAUAAUGACUAUUUGGAGGAAAUAGAAACAAUAAUAUUCAAUCUAGUCAAUAAUAUAGAUAUUGUUGCCACAAAUAAAAGGAUAGAACAAUAUAAGAAAGAUAACAAAGAGGUUAUAAUGAAGAAUAAAGCAAAAAUUGGUAGAGAAGAACUUGAAUUGGAAGAAAUUCUUGAAAUUGAGAAACAAAUGGAAGAGCUACGGAGAGCAGAGAUGCUUAAAAUGGAAGAGGAAGCUAAAAAGCAAAAGAUCAGAGAAAAAGAAGCCCUAAUUGAUGAGCUUAUGUUUGCAGAGGGUGAUGCAAAGGAUAUCCUGAAUACAUUUGCUGAAACAGUUGCAAAUAAACAAGCAGAAAUAGUGCCUGUUUUACCUAAAGUGACACAGUUCUCAACAGGUGUGAAGUUCACCCGAGGCUCGGGCCAACAGCCUGUGCCACUCAUAGAGGAAGGUCCGCUGUACAGAUAUGAGCCUCCCGAGAUACCAGACAGGUGUGGGCCUGACCCACCCAGUAUUCAAGAGAUUGUUCACAAUGGAUAUCUGCAACAUGUUAGGGCAGAGAACGAAACCGAGAAGGCGGGUGGGUACUCAGCAACGCUGCCGUGUCUACGCGCACUGCAGGACGCAUUGUCUGGCCUCUACCAUGCCAGCUGACACGCCGACCGGCCCGUCGUUGACACAAUCAUACUGGAUUAGCCAUUGUGUGUAGUGUGUACUGAUUCUGAUCGCAACUAAAUUUUGGAGUGUUCACAUCUUUUUCUUACCAAUAUAAUAAGAAAACGACAGACAAAACUUAAUUUAAAACUGUCAAACCUUGUGACUUUAGGUGCCAGUCUUGAACAUAGUAUUUAUAUUUGUGAAGUAAAUUUAAAAUUUAUUUCUGUCCUUUUUUAACAACAUUGAAAAGAAAAAGAUGUAGAUACUUUAGAAAAAGAGAUCAGAAUCGACGCCAUUGUGAUACUACAUUAUAUAUACUACACAUGUGGAUAGAUUCGAGUUAACAUUGUCUGUCGGCGUAAAACAGAGCGUCGCAAACUUUCAUGACUUAUACCUACCUCUUAGAGCCGAUUUUCCAAUCGCCAAAUAAACUUUCAAUCCAAUUUAUUCCCGAAUAAUGACUUAGGUAACAACUGGGCAAGAAUUGUUUCACCAGUGUCGCAUAGAUGAAGAAAGCAUGCAAGAAAUAAUAAAUUUUGACAAAUAGAUAUUCCUAUUUCCAAUACAAAAUCAACCAAAAAGUAAAAUUUUUAUUUGUCACUUGAAAAUAUUGGUUGCGAAUGAAAAAUCGACCAUUAAAUUUUUUUAUUAAGGAUAAACCCGCACUGCAAAAUUUUGCCUCGUGUUUUUUCCGUGUACCUCAUAUUUCUGCGGAAAAAUUCGGACGUGAAAUUUCGCAGUGCCGACUUACAUUACUUUAGUUUCUUCUAUUCUGCUCUAUCCUCAAUUGUAACAGUUCUUUAGUAUAGUAAUAUCGAUCUGAAAAUCUUAUUGAGAUGCUGUUAUAAAUUGAGUGUGUUUAUGUGUGCGUGUGUGCCGUGUGUGUGUGCGUAUUGUACUUGUGUAUGACAUCAUUUGUAAAGGGAAACUGUGCAAACUUUCAGCUUUCUAGGUCCAAGGAAACCUCUUUGCAUUCCUAAAUUAUGACUUUUCCAGCAGUAAAAUGAAUUCUAUUGUUUUUUUUUCUUUGAAACGAAAUAAUUACGACUAAUGUGAAAUUGUUGAUUAUUAUAAGAGAUCAGUAACAGGUAAUUUUAGAGGUAAAUAAUAAUAAAUACUGCCAAAUAAAUGUUUGUAUAGUAUGUAUAAAUCUAAAUACUAAAAGCCCUAAGCCCUAAUAAUGUAAUAAUAAUUCUAGUAUUUAUCAAUCAGUUCACUGUACAGUGUUAUAUCUAAGACAGGCAGUGCAUUUUUGCCUCUAUGAGAUUAAAACUUUUGACCUGAUAAAUUUUUUAUUAGUUAUCAAAAUAGGCAUUUUAUGUUUGAAUAAUUACUCUAUGUACCUACAUAUUAAGACUUUUUUAGUUGUGUUAAUUUACAUUUGUCUAUUCGGUGGUUAUUUGAAUUAUGGAAAUAGUGCUUAUUUGUUUCUGGGAGGAACAUUUUGAAAAGGAUAGUAAGUACCUAUUCCUUUUUAACCCCCGACCCAAAAAGAGGGGUGUUAUAACUUUGACGUGUGUAUCUGUCUGUGGCAUCGUAGCUCCUAAACUAAU